AUGAACUCUUUCCACUCUUCCAAUUACUUCCUGGGCUUCUUUAGAGCUGUGUGCGUACACAAGAUUAAAUUUUUCUUCAAUUGUAAAAAUUUUCUCAUUACUAAACAAAAUCUUUCUAUGUAGACCAUUGAAUGGAAGUGGUUAACCUUUGUCAAAUCAUCCUUCGAAAUACAACCAUCCUAAGGUCACUUUUAAUUAUGCGAGACAUUGA